AUGGAGCUGAAGGAUUUCUGUCUGACGGACGACUGUCGCUUCAUCAGCACACAGUGCUUCAUGGACUGCUCUUCCUCCUCCUCUUCCUCCUCGUUCUGCCUCACUGAUGAAGCUCCGUCUCCAACCUCCUUCCUCCUCUCCUCCCCCCAGAGCCCCUCUCUCCGCCUGGACACCAUGCCCUCUCUCAGCCCCUCUCACCGGGCCUCCUCCUCCUCUUCCUCCUCCUCCUCUUCCUCCUCGUUCUGCUGUGCUUCAGGGUUCCCCUCCAGCAGCGGAGGCCUGGCGUUGUCCGAGGCCUCCGUGUGUUUCUCAGUGUCGCAGACGGACUCGUUUUCAGCACAGGUGGACUCCAUCCUGAGGGGGGACUUCCUGCCUCAGGGGGCCCCGGGGCCUCGGAGGCUUUGUCUGGUCUGUGGAGACCGAGCCUCCGGGUUCCACUACGGCGUCGCAUCCUGUGAAGCCUGCAAGGCCUUCUUCAAGAGGAGCGUGCAAGGUAACAUUGAGUACAGCUGCCCGGUGGCGAGCGAGUGUGAGAUCACGAAGCGCCGCAGGAAGGCGUGUCAGGCGUGCCGCUUCCAGAAGUGUCUGCAGGCCGGCAUGAUGAGGGAGGGUGUUCGGAUGGACAGAGUGAGAGGAGGGCGUCAGAAAUACAAAAGACCGACGGAGAGCGGAGUCACUUUUUACUGCAGAGCCCCCAUCAGCCCCCCUGCCAGCUGCCGAAACAAGGUGAUUUCCCACCUGCUGCUGACAGAACCCGCCCCCCUGUCCGCCACUCAGGACGAGUCGACCAAUGAGAGCAGCCUGAGCACCGUGCUGACCCUCUGUGACCUCCUGAACCGCCAGCUGCUGCUCCUGAUUGGCUGGGCCAAACAGAUCCCAGGUUUCGCCGCGCUCUCAUUGGUCGACCAGAUGCUGCUGCUGCAGAGCGGUUGGAUGGAGGCGCUGCUGGUGGGCGUGGCCUGGCGGUCGCAGGGGGAGGAACUUGUGUUCGCCGAGAACCUGCGAUUGGACGAGGCUCAGUGUCGAGCCGCGGGAUUGGCCGAUCUCUACGAGGCGCUGCGACACUUGAGCGCCAAAUAUCAGGCGAUGAAUAUGAGCCCUGAGGAGGCGGUGAUGCUGAAGGCCAUGGCCCUCGCUAACACUGACGCGGACCCUCUGGACCCCUCCUCGCUGCAGCGGCUGCAGGACGGCCUGCAGGGGGCACUGCAGGAGCUCCAGGCCUCCAGGGUGGGGGGGCCGCGGGGGGGCCGGCUGCUGAUGAGCCUCCCCCUCCUCAGACAGACCGCUGACCGGGCCGUCAGGAACCUGCUGAGGAUACACCGGGAGCAAAGAGUACCGCUACACAGACUGCUGCUGGAGAUGAUGCUGUAGACACCUUCAUCAUCAUCUUCAUCAUUGCAUGUAAUUGAAGUAUCAUUUCUCAACCAAGGAUCCAAUGGACAGAAUAAAGUGCUUUAGUUUAUCCUAAUUCUUCCCUGUUA